AUGUCUAUUGUUAGUAGUUGUUCAUCUAUUCAUGAUUUCUUUGAGUACAUCUCCUUGAUUGUGACCACAACAAAUGCAUCUUGUAAGAGGAGGGAUGCUUUGGCGGAGGCACAACACCAAGAUAUUUUAAAUAAACUUGAGAGUGGUGAGAUAUCUGGAGGAAAGGGCUUGCACCAAUCAUCUAGUCUCACUAGACUCGAGGAUACUAUAUGGAGUUCACAUCAUACUACAUUGCUUCGUUUGGAUCAAAUGUGGUCCUUCGUGUUAAAGGUGCUUAGUAUGGUUGAUGAAGAUGGACGUGGACCAUCUCAAGCAGCGGGUAUUCCGGUGCCAAAUAUGGAUGAUGAAAUACCGAUUCAGGGUCGCUCAAGGGUAGAAGAGAGGACUAUCACUAAUCUUCAUCAUUACCGUGCGGAGAUUUUUUAUGUUGCUAUUGACAAAAUAUGUGUGGAGAUGGAUCAUCGCUUUAGUGAAGGAAGUAAUAUUAUCCUUGAUUGCUUCUCAUGUCUUGAUCCCAAAAACUCUUUCUCCAAGUUUGGUGUUGAUAAGCUUGUUCGUCUUGCUGAUAUUUAUCAUGCAGACUUUUCUGAUGAUGACCGAGGAACAAUUAGGAAUCAACUUAUUUAUGUUCUUCAAGUGAGAAGAAAUGCUUCAUUUUCCACUUGUGAAGAUGUUCAAACUUUGAUAUUGCCGGUGUCGACAGCAUCCGUUGAAAGAGUUUUUUCAGCAAUGAAGAUUAUCAAGUCUGAAUUGCGCAAUAAGAUCAAUGAUGUGUGGUUCAAUGACUUGAUGGUAUGUUACACCGAACGGGAGAUAUUCAAGUCACUUGAUGAUAUUGAUAUUAUUCGAACAUUCACCGCAAAGAAGUCUCGGAAAGGACAUUUGCCUCGUAAUUUUAUUUAA